AUGGCUGCAAACGGUGCUCCCUCCGAGUCCCCGGCCCCUGUGGCUGCUGCGCCCAGUGCUCCUGUCGUCGACAACAAGAACAUUGUGCGACGAAAGCUGACUGGGUACGUUGGCUUUGCCAACCUUCCCAAUCAAUGGCAUCGUAAGAGUGUUCGCAAGGGUUUCAACUUCAAUGUUAUGGUCGUUGGUGAAUCUGGCCUCGGAAAGUCGACUCUGGUCAACACUCUGUUCAACACCUCUCUUUACCCUCCCAAGGAGCGCAAGGGCCCUAGCCUCGACAUCAUUCCCAAGACUGUCACCAUCCAGUCCAUCAGCGCUGACAUUGAGGAGGCUGGUGUUCGUCUGCGCCUGACCGUUGUCGACACGCCCGGCUUUGGCGACUUCGUGAACAACGACGAGUCGUGGAGGCCGAUUGUUGACAACAUCGAGCAGCGCUUUGAUGCCUACCUCGACGCCGAGAACAAGGUCAAUCGUAUGAACAUUGUUGACAACCGGAUCCAUGCCUGCGUCUUUUUCAUUCAGCCAACGGGCCAUUCGCUGAAGCCUCUGGACAUCGAGGUGAUGAAACGUCUUCACACCAAGGUCAACCUCAUCCCCGUCAUUGCCAAGUCCGAUACUCUGACCGACGAGGAGAUCACUGCUUUCAAGCAGAGAAUCCUGGCAGAUAUCAAGUAUCACAAGGUCCAGAUCUUCGAGGGGCCCCGGUAUGAGCUCGACGAUGAGGAGACGAUUGCUGAGAACAACGAGAUCCUCUCCAAGGUUCCCUUCGCUGUUGUCGGUGCCACCAACGAGAUCACCAACGCCGAUGGCCGUAAGGUCCGUGGCCGUCGCUACCCAUGGGGUGUCAUUGAGGUCGACAAUGAGGAGCAUUGCGACUUCGUCAAGCUGCGCCAAAUGCUUAUCCGCACCCACAUGGAGGAGCUCAAGGAGCACACCAACAACAACCUCUACGAGAACUACCGCACCGACAAGCUCAUCCAGAUGGGUGUCUCGCAAGAUCCUAGUGUGUUCAAGGAGGUCAACCCUGCUGUCAAGCAAGAGGAGGAGCGCGCUCUGCACGAGCAGAAGCUCGCCAAGAUGGAGGCCGAGAUGAAGAUGGUCUUCCAGCAGAAGGUGAACGAGAAGGAGUCCAAGCUCAAGCAGAGCGAGGAGGAGCUCUAUGCCCGCCACAGGGAAAUGAAGGAGCAGCUCGAUCGCCAGCGUCAGGAGCUCGAGGAGAAGAAGGCGAGAGUCGAGAGUGGACGGCCGUUGGAGAAGGAGGGCAAGAGGAAGGGUUUCUCUCUCCGAUAA